CCGAAAGUUUACAGUAUGAUAAAGGUAUGGGAUAAAAUCUUCGGUAUACCGUACCGAACCACCCCUAGGUGCAUCUGAGCGUGCCAGAAAACCCGGGAGAACUCCUCUCUAACUUUAAAGUUAAACAAAUAAAUUGUCUGGAAUGUACCAUAAAGCAAAAUAUUACGCAUAGAGCACGAUAAAAAUGCAAAGGAGGCACUUGCUGACGCGGGGCCUACUAAAUCCAGGCAUAACACAGAUGGAUGUGGGGCCGCCCCGAAUCGGACGUGUCAGCAAUCCAAAUCCGGACGCAGCUGACCCAGCUAUAAAACGGGGCCACCCGGUCCGGUGGUGGGGUCAGAAAACGCAAAUGGGUUCUGAGAUGCCUUUCAAUGACUUCUCCGCUUCUCAACCCGACAACCCUCACUCUCUCCUCACUCCACCCCACAAUUACCACCUUGCCCCUCCAAGCCCCGCCGCCUCCGCCGAAACCGCCACCUCUCUCAGGAUCGGCUCCGUCAGAGAUCGCCACACCAAGGUCAACGGCCGCGGCCGGCGAGUCAGGAUGCCGGCCCUCUGCGCCGCUCGCAUCUUCCAGCUCACCCGGGAGCUCGGCCACCGCACGGAGGGGGAGACUAUCCAGUGGCUUCUGUGCCAGGCUGAGCCCGCCAUCAUCGCCGCCACCGGAACUGGGACCACCCCGGCGGCUGCUGUCACCACCUCGCCGUCCGGGGCAGCCUCGCGCCCUCCGCCGUCAGGUAUGGCGCCGCUGGCGACAGGGCUGGCCCAGCUACAGCAUUUACCCCUUGCUUUUGCCUUGCCGUCUUCUACCUUCGGCUCCGGAAAUCAGAUACAGCCGCCGAUAGCCAACCCGGUUCGACCGCUCUCGGCGCUUCCCCGCGCCAGCGGCGGGAGCAGAUACGUCCACCAAGCUGUGCCAGAGAUGGGAUUGUUCUCGAUUAGUCCGCCGUGCUGCCGGUUUGACUUGACGCUGCCACCGCACGAUUUUCCCGGCCACGGUGACCGGGAAAUGACGUUCACGUCUAUGCUGAUGAUGCAGACGUCGCCGGCGAAUGGUGUGGAGGAACAGGUGCCCCUCGAUGAUGUCGCCAAACAGUAGAUAUAGAGCUGGAAUUCAAUUCAAUGUAUGUUAGGGUUUCAGAGGCCAGAACUUGAUUUUUUUUUUUUUUAGUUGAAUUCGGAAAGAAACCGAACUUUGGGAAUGAUUUUGAAUUUUAGACAAUCAAACUUUGCAGACAACAUUUUUUUAUAAAUUUAAUUUAAUUCGCAAAAUAUAAACUUUUGAGCAAAA